AUGGUAAACGACCGUCGCUCGAAAAAUCAAAUGGGAGAGGGAGCAUGGAGAGAGGAUGGGAAGGGAAUUAACACCUGGGACGAAUUCGUACAUCGCAACUCUAACAAAAUUAUUGACCGAAGUACCGGCGAUAUUGCAGCCGAUUCGUAUCACGCUUAUCACGAGGACGUCUCACUUUUAAAAUUCUUUGCGGCUGACGUGUAUCGCUUCAGUUUAUCCUGGAGCAGAAUUCUUCCCACGGGACGGAUCGAUUACAUAAAUCCGGCGGGGAUCCAGCACUACAACAAUCUGAUUAACCUCCUCAUUGCAAAUGGGAUCGAACCAAUUGUUACCCUUCAUCAUUGGGACUUGCCCCAACCUCUGAUGGAGAUUGGUGGUUGGCCAAAUGAAGAAGUUAUCCAUCACUUCACGAACUUUGCACAUCUCGCGUUUCGCUUGUUUGGAGAUCGUGUCCGGAAAUGGGUCACAUUUAACGAACCGUUUGCCCUCUGA